UAGUCGAUGGUCGGAAUUUGGUUUAGAUGUUUUGUGGCUUGAUUCAAUCGGGUACAGUGACAGACAAUAGCUAAAUACAUUCACGAUCUGCUCUUACAAACCCUAAAUCUUCCGUUGCCGGACUUAAAGCCACAGCCGACGUCUCUCGUUCACCGCCAUCACGUUCCUUCUUCACUGUGAAGCUAUUUUUGUCAAUCUGGCUGUUGUAAUUCAACUGAAGGAGUCCAGAAACCCUUAAUUUCUGCCCUAGUCCAAAUCGCGUUGCCAUUUGCUUUUUCGUGAGGGAGGAGGCAGCAGCUGGUGUGGUAUUGGUGAUGGUUUGAUGUUUUUGCUGAUCAGUGGAGGUAGUUGGUAAUUAAGAGUAAUUUUGAGCAUGAGUUCAGACAGCAGAAGCAGGAGCAGGAGCCCAAUGGAUCGUAAGAUCCGCUCUGAUCGCUUUUCCUAUCGUGGUGCACCUUACAGACGAGAGUCGCGUCGGGGUUUCAGCAGCCAAAGCAAUCUGUGCAAGAACUGCAAACGACCUGGACAUUUUGCUAGAGAGUGCCCAAAUGUGGCAAUAUGCCAUAAUUGUGGCCUUCCUGGGCAUAUUGCUCUGGAAUGCACCACUAAAUCGCUAUGUUGGAACUGUCGAGAACCUGGGCACAUGGCCAGCCAUUGUCCGAAUGAGGGCAUCUGUCACACCUGUGGCAAGGCUGGACAUCGUGCUAGAGAGUGCACUGCUCCACCACUGCCUCCUGGAGACUUGAGAUUGUGCAACAACUGCUAUAAGCAGGGCCAUAUCGCAGCUGAUUGUACAAAUGACAAGGCAUGUAACAACUGUAGGAAGACUGGUCAUUUGGCACGUGACUGUCAAAAUGCUCCUAUUUGCAACAUGUGCAAUGUAUCUGGGCAUGUGGCUAGACACUGCCCAAAAGCCAAUACGCUUGGAGAUUUUCGCAGCAGCAGUUACCAAGACAUUGUGUGCAGGAACUGCCAUCAGUAUGGGCACAUUAGCAGGGAUUGCAUGGGCCCAUUAAUGAUCUGUCACAACUGUGGGGGACGAGGACACCGAGCGGUGGAGUGCCCUUCUGGAAGGUUGAUGGAUCGCUAUCCUCGAAGGUUUUACUGAUAUAUGAUGAAUUCAAAAUUAUAUGGUGAUAGUAUGUUUUCAGUUUUACUGAGAUUUGAUUGAAUGUUGAAACUUAAUAGAUAUUGAAGGAGUCAUUUUGAAGGUCUAUUUGAUAGGCAAUGAUGUGAAGCAAUUUAUUUUGCAACAGGAUUUAAUAAUUUAUUCUUAUAAGGUCUGUGUUUGGAAUAUAUUGGAAUUUGUUAGGUAUAA